AUGUCGCAAGAUAAGUUAAAUAGCAGUAAUGAAGAUUUAAUAAGUAGUAAGGAUAAAGAUGGAAAAGACGUUUCAUUUUUUGACAAUACAAUUGAUAUCUCAAGUGAAAAUGAAUAUCCUGUGAACUCUAAUACUAAAGUGGAUGAAAAAAAGGAGGUGAUGCCAAGCAAAAGUGAUGGUGGUGAUGAAAAGAAAGAAACAAGUGAUAAUAAUGAAAAAAAUAUUUUGACAAAAAGCAAUAAUAAAAGCUUUAUGGAAAUUGAAGUUAAACGAGAUAAAAUGCGAUGGAUGUACAUGUCUGAAUUGGGUGCAAUUUUUGGGGAGGACAAGCAUUCUCGUGAUAGUUUUGUGAAACUUUUUUGUACUCGAGAAACCUUGUUUAAUGUGUUUAAGCUUUUUGAUUAUGAAAGCAAUGAAAGUCUGAAACAAGACCAAUGGAUUGAAAACAUUAAAGGAAGAUUAAUUGAUGAAAAACAAAUUGAUUUUGCUGAACAGCUUGAAUCGGUUGCUUAUGUUAUAUGCGGUGAAAAUAUCGUAACGUUCGAUGAUUUUGUGCAAAUAUGGAAUGCCAAAGGAAUACUUGAUAAAUUUUAUCGGCUUAUUGACGUUGAAGGUGUGAACGCGGUUUCAACAACACAAAUUAAUGAAUGCGUUUCAAACUUAACCAACUCAAGACCAAGAACCGGAUUUGAUAAUGCAUCAUUAGAAAAAUUAGAGCAAUUGUUUCGCAAAACAGUUGGUGAUGGCAAAGAAAUCAAGCGAGAUGAUUUCAAAAAAAUUGUUAUCUCAAAGAAUCCAUUCUUUACUGAGCGAGUCUUCCAAAUCUUUGAUAAAGACAAUUCAGGAACAAUAUCGCUACAAGAGUUCAUUGAUUCGAUGCAUCAAUUUUCGGGACAAUCAACUGAAAAUAAGAUUAAAUUCUUGUUCAAAGUUUACGAUUUGGAUGGUGAUGGUUUAAUUCAGCAUGAAGAACUGCAACACGUUAUGCGAGCGUGUAUGGAUGAAAACGGAAUGAAAUUUAGCGAGACUCAGAUUGAUGAUCUUACUAGAGCUAUGUUUGAUGAUGCAGAUCCUGAUAAUAAUGGAGCUAUUACGUACGAAGCAUUGACAAAUCAAUUAACAAAGCAUGGUGGUUUACUUGAGAAUUUAAGAUGGUUAAUAGUAUUUUAUGGUACUUGGCACACCCUUAUGCAUCUCAUCAAUUUCAGUUUCGUUGUCGUCUCUGACCCUGUGAUCAACAAAGCAAAUUACACAUUAGCUCAAUGGUUUUUCACCUCAACACCUGGGUUAUUUGGGUUCAUCAGUGGCUGGGCUAAUCCAACAGGCGAUUAUGUCUUUAUUAAUAUUCCAACAAUAGCAAAAUAUGAAUGGCAUCCAUUUACUUUAAGCAGUGCACCUGAAGAUAGUGAUCAUAUUGGUUUGCACGUUAGAGCUGUGGGUGAAUGGACAAAUCGUUUGCUUAAUUUCUUCCAAAUUGAACAAGAACGCCUACAUAAUGGAGAAGUUUUACCUUAUGAUGAACAAACUCAUGGAAAGAAUAUGGAAAUGCAAGAAAUGAUUAAAGAUUCAUAUCACAAGUUGAAUGAAAAAACGGACGGUAAAAAUAUGAGACAAAACAUUAUGCUUUCUAUGGAAUUAUCUCCAAAUAAAGCUUUGAAUAAAGGUCCUGUGGAAAAAUCUGCAUCUAUGUCUGCAAUAACAAUGAACAAAGAAAAAAACAAACAUGAAACUAUUCGUUCUGGAUCUGAAAAUUCCUUCAAUGCUAAGAUCAUAUCAAUAGCUCAAAAGAAUAUUCAAUCAUUAGAGCAGGCUUACCACAGUCCACAGAAUAAAACGAUCGCUCAGAGUUUUCGUUACAUGCGUAAUAAACCUACAAUUAUUGCAUUUUCAACGCCAAGUUUGGAAUCUUAUGAAGUUAAUAAAAAACUUGACGAAUUGAAUCCAUCAAAAUCUGCAGAAGAAGGCAGCAAUCAUAUCGCUGUAAACUUCCCUGUUGGAAAACCAUUAGAAAUAUUCAUCGAUGGACCAUACGGGGCCCCAUCAAGUCAUAUAUUCCGCGCACAACAUGCUGUAUUGGUUGGGACAGGAAUUGGUGUUACUCCAUUUGCUUCUAUUUUACAGUCUAUCAUGCAUCGAUACUGGAAAGCUCGUCAUGUCUGUCCAAAUUGCGACUAUUCGUGGGCAUCUGAUAUUCCAUCAACGGUUAUGAACUUGAGAAAAGUCGACUUCUUUUGGAUCAAUAGAGAUCAAAGGUCAUUUGAAUGGUUCGUCAACUUGUUAUCUCAGCUGGAAAUAGAGCAAGCUGAAUUGGGUGGUGCAAUGGAAAGAUUCUUAGAUAUGCAUAUGUAUAUUACAUCAGCUCUUCAGAAAACUGACAUGAAGGCAGUAAGUCUGCAGCUGGCUCUUGAUUUGUUGCACGAAAAAGAGAAGCGAGAUUUGAUUACAGGAUUAAAAACAAGGACCAUAGCUGGCAGGCCGAAUUGGGAUAAAGUGUUCAAAAAGAUUCAGGACCAAAAGAAAGGAAAGGUUACGGUUUUCUAUUGUGGUCCCCCACAACUUGCUAAAACUCUUCGACAAAAGUGCGAACAGUUUGGUUUUAUGUUUAGAAAGGAAGUGUUUUAA